GGGAGAGGCGGCCGCACAGCCUGCUUCCUCGCGCCCUGCUCGCCGCCGCCGCCGCCGCCUUCGCCCCGCUGAGCGCACCCGCCCGGGCACACGCACCCCGCCGCCGGGCGCCACCCCGCGCGCUCCUCCCGCCGCUCCGCCGGGCAGAUGCGCCGCCGCGCGCCCCGCGCCCCGGGCCCGCCACAGAGCUCCGCCGCGCGCCGGGGGUUCUUCUCCCCGGCCCCCCUGGGUGCCCUCCGGCUGGGGCUCCCGCCCGCUCCUUGGAAUAACCCCUGAGGCUCCGGCCGUCGCUGCAAAGUUUCCCGAGGAGACCCGCCUCCCCGGCCGCUGCGCAGGUGAAGAAGCAGGGAGUAGGUGAAGGCUCCACUCUGGACAGCUGAGCCAGGGGCUGAAGCAGGAAGAACCCACCCCUCCACCUCACCCAACCCCAGAAGCUUCUCUACAAACAGGAGCAGCCAAGCAGACAAGCCCCCGUCCCGAAGUGGGGCACACAAGCCUGACAGCUCAGCAGUGCGAGGCGAGGUGGCUGCAGCCUGCGGUAAACAUCUGAACUCCUUAGAGGGGUAACAGACCCCCCCACACACACACAGAGGCAGCCUGAGUGGCAGGAAUACUGAUUCUUUGGAGAGUGGCUCCCUCUCAGCUCUGUCACGCAAGAGUGCUCUCUGCACUGAGCCAUUCUGCCAAGUGACUUAAAGGGAUUAAAAGAAAAAACUUGCUAAAGAAAAAGGGGGUAACAGCCCCCCCCACCCGCAGAGGCGUUUCAGAAGAGGUACAGCCUGUGGACAAAGGACCAAAGUUACAAAGAGCUAUGGUGGAAGUGAUGGCCAGUGAGAGGCCACACUCCCCGGGGACUAACGCUGGGCUGUAGGGCAUGCCCGGCUCAGGAGUCCCCGGGGGUGCCCUGUGCACCCAGAGCAUACACCACCCCUCACUCCAGAGAGCCAAGCCAUCUGUUCCUGUGGCCUAGAGUGCCAAAGAUGCAGCUUGGGACCUGCAGCCAUAUCUGAGGCCUGGCCGCAAGGAAGACUUGAAGACCUCCUCACUCUCUGUGUGCCUCAGUGCUCCCCCUGCACUGGGCUGCGGUCUGUGGUUGAGUGGUUCUGAGCCUGCAGGUGACAUGGGACCAGGGAUGUGAAGCCUGGAGCUUCUAAAGCAGUGACCAGUGAGACCCAGUGGCUCCGGGAGCAGCUACAGAAGAGGUAUUGAGGCUCCAGGUUAGGUGGGUCAGGCCUCCACCAGCCAUCCACCAUGGUGGUGGCACACCCUACUGCCACCGCUACCGCCACACCCGCUGCCACUGUCACAGCCACUGUCGUGAUGACCACGGCCACCAUGGACCUGCGGGACUGGCUAUUCCUCUGCUACGGGCUUAUCGCCUUCCUCACAGAGGUCAUCGAUAGCACCACCUGCCCGUCAGUGUGCCGCUGUGACAACGGCUUCAUCUACUGCAACGACCGGGGACUCACAUCCAUCCCCUCAGACAUUCCUGACGAUGCCACCACCCUCUACCUACAGAACAAUCAGAUCAACAAUGCAGGCAUCCCCCAGGACCUCAAGACCAAGGUCAAGGUGCAGGUCAUAUACCUGUAUGAGAAUGACCUGGAUGAAUUCCCCAUCAACCUUCCCCGAUCGCUGCGAGAGCUACAUCUGCAGGACAACAAUGUGCGCACCAUCGCCAGGGACUCCUUGGCCCGCAUCCCGCUGCUGGAGAAGCUGCACCUGGAUGACAACUCUGUGUCCACCGUGAGCAUCGAGGAGGACGCCUUCGCCGACAGCAGACAGCUCAAGCUUCUCUUCCUGAGCAGGAACCACCUGAGCAGCAUCCCCUCGGGGCUGCCCCACACGCUGGAGGAGCUGCGGCUGGACGACAACCGCAUCUCCACCAUCCCGCUGCACGCCUUCAAGGGCCUCAGCAGCCUGCGGCGCCUGGUUCUGGACGGCAACCUGCUGGCCAACCAGCGCAUCGCCGAUGACACCUUCAGCCGCCUGCAGAACCUCACAGAGCUGUCGCUGGUGCGUAACUCGCUGGCCGCCCCACCCCUCAAUCUGCCCAGUGCCCACCUGCAGAAGCUCUACCUGCAGGACAACGCCAUCAGCCACAUCCCCUACAACACGCUGGCCAAGAUGCGGGAGCUGGAGCGCUUGGACCUGUCCAACAACAACCUUACCACGCUGCCUCGAGGCCUGUUUGAUGACCUGGGGAACCUGGCACAGCUGCUCCUCAGGAACAACCCCUGGUUCUGCGGCUGUAACCUCAUGUGGCUGCGGGACUGGGUGAAGGCACGGGCCUCGGUGGUCAAUGUGCGGGGCCUCAUGUGCCAGGGCCCGGAGAAGGUCCGGGGCAUGGCCAUCAAAGAUAUCACCAGCGAGAUGGAUGAGUGUUUUGAGGCAGGGUCACAGGGCAGUGCAGCCAAUGCAGCUGCCAAGACCACAGCCAGCAACCAUGCCUCUGCCACCACACCCCAGGGCUCUCUGUUUACUCUCAAGGCCAAGAGGCCAGGACUGCGCCUCCCUGACUCCAACAUUGACUACCCCAUGUCCACUGGUGAUGGUGCCAAGACCCUGGUCAUCCAGGUGAAGCCACUGACAGCAGACUCUAUCCGAAUCACAUGGAAGGCCAUGCUACCUGCCUCCUCUUUCCGGCUCAGUUGGCUGCGUCUGGGCCACAGCCCGGCUGUGGGCUCCAUCACAGAGACCCUGGUGCAGGGGGACAAGACAGAGUACUUGCUGACGGCCCUGGAGCCCAAGUCCACCUACAUCAUCUGUAUGGUCACCAUGGAGACUGGCAACACCUAUGUGGCUGAUGAGACACCUGUGUGUGCCAAGGCAGAGACGGCUGACAGCUACGGCCCUACCACUACGCUCAAUCAGGAACAGAACGCUGGCCCUAUGGCUGGGCUGCCCCUGGCUGGCAUUAUUGGUGGUGCCGUGGCUCUUGUGUUUCUCUUCCUGGUCCUGGGAGCCAUUUGCUGGUAUGUGCACCGGGCUGGUGAGCUGCUGACCCGAGACAGGGUCUACAAUAGGGGCAGCAGAAAAAAGGAUGACUACAUGGAGUCGGGGACCAAGAAGGAUAACUCCAUUCUAGAAAUCCGAGGCCCAGGGCUGCAGAUGCUACCCAUCAACCCAUACCGCUCCAAAGAGGACUACGUGGUGCACACCAUAUUCCCCUCCAAUGGCAGCAGCCUCUGCAAGGGCGCCCACACCAUUGGCUACGGCACCACACGGGGCUACCGGGACGCUGGCAUCCCUGACGUGGACUAUUCCUACACAUGAAGCCAGCCGCCCCCAGUGUGAUCACACGGCUCUGUUUAGCCCACUGCAACGCCAGGAGCCAGGAAGAGAAACUCCACAGUGACUUUCCUAGCAGAAAGCAAAGUUUGGGGAGGGUAUACAACAGUGCGGUAAAAAAAAAUAAUAACAAUAAGUACAUAGAAGGCAGGAGGGGGAUUCAACAUUGUUGGAAAUGUCAUUUAUACCAGAUCAUGAGAGUUAAGAACUAAAAAUAAUCUUGCAGGAAGGGUUGGGUUGGAACUUUUUUUUCCUGAACCAGAUUGAUACUACCUGUACAACAUUUAUAUACACCUCGGGCUUCAUUCAGGGCCAUCAGAGAGAAGCAGAUAACAAACACAUAUGGCAUGGAGCCCCCAUGCCACCAUCCUGCUGGCCGCUCACGGUGACAACUCAAUGAAAGGUUUCUGGGUUCCUCACAAAAGGGCCAAGAGAAGAAAAGACUUUUUGCUACGGAGACAGUGUCCUGAAAUCUCUUCCCUGGUUCUUUCCAUGCUGUUCCCUUUCCAGAUCUGCAGAAAUAUGACGUUCUUUGAGGUAUUCUCUGAACAAUACCAUAGGCAAUUAAAAGAAAAAAAAAAAAAGUCAAAACUUUUUCUUCCAAUGCCGAGCACUUCGGUCCCAUUCACCGAACUCUGUAGAAGCUCUGACGAAGGCUGUAGCUUUCCCCACCACGUGGAGGCGCGUCUCUGUGCCCACCUAUCGCUGUGUCCUGUGUCUCGGUACAGAUGGGUAGACAGAGCUGCGUGUCUGUCCUCUCAGCACUUCUUCAGUCAGUCCUAGACAUUUCCUCAGACAAUAGAAUUGAAAAAUCUUGCUUUCUUCUAGAAAUCAUUAAGUAGAUCAUGUGUGGGUGGAGAGGAGGAGCCUCAGUCCAGGUAGCAGGAGGGGCUCAGUCCAGGUGGCAGGAAGGGCUCAGUCCAGGUGGCAGGAGGGGCUCAGUCCAGGUGGCAGGAGGGCUCAGUCCAGGUGGAGGAUAUUACUGUUUCUUAGAGGCCCUGGUAACUGCAUCCCAGCAGGGAGUUAAGAAGCUGGCUGAGGAUGCUUUAGAUUCCAUCCUGUCAGCCGGCCCAGAGCCAGGCCACUCUACUUAGUGAUAUGUAAAAAAGCUUUCCUUGAUGACCACCGGCCUCAUCUGUCGCUCCCUCAGUAGAUGCUAUCCCCAUGAUAGUGUUUAUGUUUCCUCCUGGGACAGGUCAUCAGUGCAGCGACUGUUCAUGAAUGUGUGUGUGGACACACACAUCUAGACCGCUGGCUAGACCUGUUGGUUUCCAUGGCUGCUCAAACAAAGCCCAGAAAAAAGGAAAAAAAAAUUUUCAGAAAAUCCCUGGGAGACAUCAAAACACACACACACACACACACACACAAACACACACACCUCAGCCAUUGCCUACACCAGGGGCUCUGUUCUCAAAAGGGAAAAAUCAGAUUUCUUUGCAAAAAAAACAUCAACCUCCAAAAGGGUACUGACCGGGGCCCUCGGAAGAGCUAAGAUUUUAUUCCCUCCCUGUGGAAUCAAUGUCGUUAUCAUUUAUCAACUGACACCACAGCGUGGUGAGCCAUGAGAUUAAAACGAUGAUAAAAUAAUGACAGCAAAUCCGGAAAGGAGGGAAGAGCCGAGCCUGGGGUUCUGAUGUCUGCUUCGUCCGCACUCGGGGAGCACGGGUCAUCAUCUGCCAAUGCAUCGCUUUGCCCUGCACUGGGAAAAAAAGUCAUCAAAGGAGAGACGCUGGUCUGAGGGCAGCCAGAUGAGAAGGGGGUCCAGCUCCUGAUAGUGGUGUUUUCAAAAGACCUCUGCCACUUGGUCCAAAGCAAAGGCAGGAAGAAGAGGCCAGGCGGCUGCCUGAAGUGCUCCUGGUAGGGCAUCUGCUUGCUGGAUAUUAAAGAGCCAACUAGCCCUUCAAUGAAGAGAUGAGAUUGAAAGAAAUGGACCCAGCAGGUGUCUCAGAGUAGUGGAAAGAGGCACAGGCUCCUGAUCAUAGCCUAAGGGGUCAUCACACCAAACAGAAACCCCCAACCCACCAGCCCCAGGGAAUGGCCAAGGGGUAUGGACAUGGAUCAUUCCAAAGGAGACCUUUCUUCCUCUUCAUCCCAAAUCAUUUCCCCACAUAAUGAGGUCAAGAAAGAAAUGUUCCCGAGCUGCAGAUUCAGGUCUGUAUAAACAUGCGCCCCGGAGCCCUGCUGUUCCCAGUGACCCCAACGGCACCCUGGUCCUGAUGGCUAAGGCAGGCUCAGAGGACACCUGCCUGUGAGGAACAGGUAUGUGAGGGAGAGUCCCAAAUGCUGAACAAGGCAUCAAGGGCACUAUGCCAUCCUUCUCCAGGGCCCCCAGAAAGCAAAACCCUAAGUUCCCAACCCCUACUUUGCACCUGUAACUUGCCCUGCCCCCUAGGCUCACUCAUGUCCACCUUCCCUGUUCCCUCCUCCAGAAGGAGUCUGUUCACUUUCUUUGAUGGCCAGGACAACAUUUAGGAACAGCAGGUGGCCUAGACCCUGGGAGCUGCCUGGAAGGCCCUACUUAGACAUUCAGGAGCCUGUGGGCCAAAUGCCAGGGCUGUGGUAAACUUCUUCCCCCACCACACAGAGCCUUGGCAGAGUGUCACAGCUUCAGGACCAAAAUCUGCCUCCUGCUCUAAGGGGCUCACUUCCUAUCACACCCAAUUGGAGAGCCCAGGGCUGCCAUUGCCCCCUAAGGAGCAGUUAGGUGCUAGUGAGGGUGAACACUGCCUAACCAUGGCCCUGUAGCCCCUCUAAGAGCCCUUCCCGUGGCAUUUCUGCCUCUUCACAUCAUAACAUUUUCCCAGUACCCUUUAUUCUGUGUGUGUUGGGGAUGGGGGAAUACUGGAGACCGAAUCAUGGGCCUAGCCAUGCCAGGCAAACACUCUACCACUGAGCUGUGUGUGUGUUCCCAGCACCCCACUCCUUAGUGUCCUUUCAGAAAGCCCCCAGUGUGACCUUUGUCCCAGUUCUCCAAAGGAGACAGAGAAGCUGGCUUCUGGCCUCACAAUACAAUAGAAGAGGCUCAGGGCACCCAGCCGCCUCCACCCACAGAAGUGAGGGAAGCCGGGAUUAACACUGGAAGGCCUGUGGAAUCUUCUUUCUGUGCAGCUGACAUCUCCACAGGGAAGUCUGUGGCCGGCCAUCCUGACCCUCACAGUUUCUAACCAGCCCGAACAACCUCCUUUUGCCCCAGCCCCUGGGGAGUUUAUUUUGUGGCAUUUAAGGCAAGUUUAAACUAAGGGGAAAAAAAAAAAAAGCCAGUGACACUUCUUUGGUUAAGUGGUUUACCCUUCUUGGUAAUUAGAUGCAGCGAUUGGAAUCUUUUUUUCUAUUACAUGGCAAUUUUACUUUAAAUUUCCUCUUUAAAAAAAAAAAUGGGGAAGAAAAGGCAAGGAAGGAGAGAGGCAGCAGGGCCACGGGCAUUUGCAUUUUGCGAAUGAAGCCUCUGGUAGGCUCAGCUCAGGCAUGCGGCCCAACGUAUGGAAUGCUUAAGAGAUUACUAAGAAUAAAAUCUAUUAAUUAGUCAUACUCAAUUCCGCAGACAUGACGUGAAUCAAAAGCUCCCGUUCUUCCCUCAUCUGCAUCCUCUUCCUGAGGAAGCCUCCAUCUUCCCUGAAAGGCUGCCUCCUGGCCUGCCUCCUCCAUAUGUGGAGCUCUGCUGUGGCCCUGUGUGGCUUGGAGAACCAGUGCUGGGACACUGGCCUGUCCUCACCCUGGGCAUUGCUGACAGGGGAGGGGGCAGCCUUGGGAAGGCAGCUGUGGCUAGAAAGAGUCCAGCCUUCCCUUCCUGGAGCCAGAAGCCCGCCCCUACCCCAUGUCUCCACGCCUCUUCUUCCUUCUCAGUGGGCAGAACUUACAGAAGACCAGCUGCCCAGCUCAGCCCCUGCAAGGGAGCCAGGUGUGUGUUAUGCAAAUGUGAGGCUCCCAUCUUUAAAGUGGGGAUGACUGGGGCAGAUUCUUGCUUCAUGAAGGCCCUGUGAGAGCAACCCCGUCAUGCUGAGCCUGGAAGGUUCUAAUGGGCUGAAGACAGUGGGGGAACCACUUCUGGGUAGGAAGAGCCAGUGUGGACUCUGGGUCCACAGAAGGGAUGGGCAGUGUGUCUGGAAUAGCCUCUCAGCCUGAGCUUCCUGCUUCGCUGCCACUGGCAAGGAGGGUAAGGAACAAAAGUCAGAGCCAUACUUAGGCCCCUUCCCGCCCAACCCCCGACAAGUCAGUUCGAGUCCCGAAGCCAGCCCUCUUCAGACAUCUGCUUUCCGCUGAACACACCGGGGAGAGGAGGCCAGGCUUCAGAGUCUCUGGCUUAUGAAAAAUACAACAAGGAAAAUUGAAUGCAGCAGCCAGAGAGCUAUGCAGAGGCAGCAGGGACAGGCUCGAGUGGGCAUGGCAGCCUGUGUCCCCCAAGGGCCAGAUGACAUGUCACGGCCAGGGUCAGAGCUGCAGGCCUCCCAUGAGCCACGUUCCCUGCUCACACAGACUGUGGCGCAGGUGACAGCAGCUGAUGCCGAGGCUGGGUGGGUGCCAGAAUGAGCACUAACAAGCAAUUCACAAGCUUUCCAGAGAGCAGAGAGAAGAGACUUUUUUUUUUUUUUUUUUGGUAAGGAGGAUAAAAAGGCUCAAAAAUGCAAAUCAUUAACGUUUACAACCAAGCGAGUCUGCUAAAUUGAUUAGAAGAGAUUAAACUCCUUGGAGGUGAAGGGAAAGGGGGAUUUUUUGUGUGGGUUAUGAACCUGCCCCAAGUGGUCGCCCACACAGCAGGCAUGUUCCCGGCCUGGGUGGGAGGGGUGGCAGCUGUUCCUGCCCAGCUCCCCAAGGAGCUGGCAUCGCUAAGUGCUGCUCGGAUUGAAUAGCUCUCACCAGGGCCGUGGGGGCAGGAAGGGUCACUGUUGUUCGGACAGCAGCUGUGCCAGUCCCUGGGCAGACUCUGAUCCUGUCAUCUAGGGGUCAGUUUGCCUUGAGAGAUGGCAAGCCACAUCUGGAUCAGAGGAAGCAGCCUGUGCCAUCACUUAGAGAAUAAGACUCCUGAGACUCCUGCUUCCUUCUGCUGGGGACCUGCUGCUCUCUGGGGCCAGAGAACAAGUGAGGCCAUCUGUGAAGAGAAAACUGAAGGUCGGAGAGAGAAAAGCUCAGGCCGGCAAAGGAAGCAGCCGGUGAACUUUGUGUCCCGUGAAGCUUCCGAGCGUUAUCCCAGGAUGUGACCGACAGCUCUCCAGCUUGAGCUAAGGUCUUUGUCUAGAAAAUUCUGGUCCCCAUGUUUGCUUUAUCACAGCCCCCAGGACAAGGAUGUGCAAAGACAUCCCUCUCCAGCCUGUGCUCAGCGGGUAGUGAGGCGGUGCUGACAGGAUACAUGCUGGGCUCAGUGCUCCAAGCCCCAGGAUGUCCCUGGACUUGUUCCCUCAAGCCCAGCUGCCUCAAACCCAGGAGUAAGCGAAGGUCUGUCCAUCACAGCCAGCUGACAGUGCCUGGGGCUCUGUUCGAACACUCACCAUUUUUAGGCAUUUACCGAUUCUCUUGAAGUGUUCCAACUAUUGGUAUAAAACAUCCACAUUGGCUUCUUUUAAAACAACUGACAAAAACGUUCCCUUUCUCUCUUGACACUUUUCAAUUUUUUUCUUUUUCUCUACCCCAUUCUCACCCCUGACAUUUUGAAUCUGACACUGGACUUCUGAUCCUCUGAUGCUACCUCCUGUGAAUUUUUUUUUUUUUUUUGAGACAGGGGCUCACAUAGCCCAGGUUGGCCUCGAACCCUUUAUGUAGCUAAGAAUGACAAUGAAUUUCUGAUCCUCCUGUCUCUACCUCUUUCAGAUUUUAAUGUAUGUUUUUUUUUUCCCCUGAUUUUGGGGAUUUCGUUCCUGGGGCCACUCCUGCUUUCUCAUUAUGAGGGGGCUUGCCACCCAGGGUAGGGGUACCAGCUGCCUUCAUGUCUGCCCUGACCUGUGUCCAGGCAGCUCUCCAGCCUGCAGCUGCCCCUGCUUCCAGAAGCCACCCUUGGCUCUGCGAAGCCACUGUCACUAUUCCUUGUUGCUGAGUUGUCCGGCUUGUGCUAGGGGGGAAAUGUGGGUAUGUGGUGGGCAGGGUGCCUGGUGGGUCAGCCCCUGCUUUGUACAGCCCCACUCCCCAGACACUGCAGCCGUAACAGUCACAGCAGCGGCAGCUUGGCUUCCCUGCCCACCUGCCUGGGGUCACUGAGGACCAGCAGGGGACCUGGAACACCCCUUACCACCUUCUCUUCUCACCUGGCAUCUGUCCACUCAUGGGAACGACCUGAGGGUUGGCAGUGCGGGGCUUUCUCCUGUCCUGCACCUGGCUAGCGGCCUGAUGAGGAGAGGGGCUCACCUAGGCCACCCCUCCGACAAGCAUCCCACCCUCUGCUUUGCUUCGGGAUUGGUGUGUUUCCAGCAGAUAGGAAAUGAAGACUCACCAAGAUCUGGCAGCACCACAGCUCAAAUGGGUGACUCAGUUUCCCUUCUCUAAGAUUUGCAUCAAGUGGGUGAUGCGGAUUGGCAGAAAACUAGAGAGACCCUGGGGGUGGUACAAGAAACAAGAUCCAAGGCAACAGCCUGCCUUGCCUGACACCCCUGCGGAGUCCCCGCACCCCAGCCACCCGCCUGGAGGAACUAAUCAGACUUUCUCUUCAAGACAGAAAAACAAGCUCGACAUGAACCGACAAUCAAAGCCGCAGCAGGCCCCAGGCUGCCACUGCUCAUUCCCUCAGGGCUCAUGGUUCCAAACAGCUCUCAACCUGCCUUGGGUGGAAGGCAAGGUAGCAGGUCCCUCACACCCACCCCUCCUGUGGGCAGUCCCAUCUCUGAUGGUUCUGGGCACAACGUGGGGAGGCCCUACACGCAAAACCCCAAAGUAGCCUUAGGUAUUUUCCUCAGCCCAGCACGACCACCUGAGAAUCACUUCAACCGAGAAGCCACUUGGGCAUCUCGGGUAUAGUGUGAGAAUGAGGUCCUGGUGUCCUCUAGUCCCUCCAAGGAGGCCUAGGGUUGUGGGGAGGAAACCACAGGCCCAGUACAGGAGGCUUGUCAUCUGAGAGAAAAAGGGAGAGGAGAUACUGGAGGCUGGAAGGCACCCAACCAGGCUCUGGAGACCUAUGCUUGUGCUGGCUAGGGCCACCAGCAGGUGUGAGCAGAGAUGCCAGAGGCACAGAUCACCUUAAAGGACCCCCAUUCCCAUGUAAGGACUGCAGAGUGGAGGUUUUGGCGGAGCCAUCCUCCCGGUGGCAUCCCACUGUGCAAACGGUGCUUGUUGGUAUUGCCAAGAAAAUGAGAACAGAUACUGGGAAGUAUAGCUUGGUCCCCAGUUCUGAGGGGGCCCAGAGCAAACCUCUGGGGAAUGCUAAAGAAGGUGGGAUGCCUUCCCAGCCCGUGACAGUGAGGCAGGCCCCUGAACUACCGAUUUUCCAAGCCCCUGGCCUGUUUCAGCUUAGACUCAGAGCCCUGAUGUCCCUUGGCUGCUGUUCCUCUCUCUUUUUCUUUUUCUCUUAAGGGCAGAGCAGUCUCGGGGGUCAGAGUGGUAGGAGCGCCCCUGCGGCGGCGGCUGCAGCUGGGAACUGGCAGGCAGACAAGGCCCUGCUCCCUGGAAGGCCUGGCUGCGCCCAGCCUCACGGUCCACCUGCUUCACUCCGACUCUACCACCAGACACCCCACCACCACGACAACAACACAAACCAAAGUGCACUCCGAACCGCCCUUUGGCCUCCUUCAAUGUAGGUGCCUUGAAACUUCAAUGUUGAGAUGAAUGUGACUAACUACUUGGUCCUAUUUUCUGUUUGUCUGUUUCAUAUAAAAUGUCCAAGUCCACCUGCCUUGUCCUUUCUUGAAAUAAAUAGAAAGAUUUAACUUUUA